AUGGCCAAGACUGAUAAGAAGGACAAGAAGGGCAAGAAGGCCGCCGCGCCUGCCGCUCCGCCCGCCGAGCUCAUGGAUCUUGUCGAGAACUUUCUCUCCGAGCACGCGCCAUCCGCCCACGUGGCCUUCAAGAAGCAGCACGGCAAGAAGUCGUCCAAGUCCAAGGAUGCCACCAAGAAGCACCGCCACAACCUCGUCAGCGUCUUCCAGACUUGGGAGACGUCGCUGAGCACCCCCGAGGGCGAGCCUGUCACCAUCACCGAGACGGUCGUUCAGAACGUCAGCUCCAGCUCCAGCUCGAGCAGCAGCGAUUCGAGCUCCGAGGAGGAUGUCGACAUGGCUGACGCUGCCGCCGCCGAGUCGAGCUCUGACUCCAGCUCCGACUCCGACUCGAGCAGCUCCGACAGCGACAGCGACAGCGACGAUGAGCCCGCUCCCAAGAUUGCUGUUCCCGUCGUCAACCUGAAGCGCAAGGCUCCUGCUUCAGACAGCAGUGACUCGUCUGACUCGGACUCUUCCGAUUCCGACUCCGAGUCCGACAAGAAGCGUCCUACGGCGAAGAAGCUUGAAGACGGCCAAGGCUGGCCAGCUCUUCGGAGCCGCCACAAGAAGGAAAAGACCAAGGCGAAGAAGGCCGCCGUCGAGGACGCCCCUUCUGACUCGUCUGUCACCCUCGACAACAAGACCUCGCCCGACUUCCAGGCCCCGCCCCUGCCCCCCGACCCAAGCACCCUCAACAACCGCGGCCGCGGCAACAUGAACAACCAAAAGGGCAAGAACGUCCCCUUCUCUCGCAUCAAGGAGUCGACCUACGUCGAUCCCCGCUUCGCCUCCAACGACUACGUCCCCAACGACUACAGCGACCGCGCGCACGCCGACCUCAUUGUGACCAAGGGCAAGGGCUUCACCAAGGAGAAGAACAAGAAGAAGAAGGGCAGCUACCGCGGCGGCAUGAUUGACAUUGGCGGCCGCGGCGGCGUCAAGUUUGACGAGUAA